AACUUGUGGCUUGCUAGUGGCCUGACUCGGCACAUCACUAUUACAAUUGUCUAUCUAUUUGUUUGUUACAAAUAUUUUUUGAAUUAAUUGUUUUACAUAGCUAUUUACUUAUUUUCCUUUUUAAUUUUAAUUAUUAAUAAAUUCAAAGUUUAUUGAAGAUUACACACUCACUAUGCAUCUUGGAGUAAACAUAUCAAACGCGUUACAACAGCUGGAAAGUGUGAAAGCUGCAGUUGAUCAAAGUGAUGAUCCAAAAUUAAAGGCUGCAACAAACGAUGAUUUGAAUAUACUUAUCAAUCUUUUGGAAAGUCCCAUAUUAAAAAGUAUUGCUACUCUUCAUGACUCUGUGGGAAUGCUUGCCACUCAGGUAGCUCAUCAUCCUUCUAUCCUUCCUGGAGACUUUGAUAUUACGCCAGCUGGUGACCUUGCAUUGCAAUCAAGAAAUUUAUAUGGGACUCAUGAAGGUGAAGAAGAACAAAGGGUGCCUCAAGUUUCUCCACCACAUAGUUUAGAAUUUGGAUCUAAUUCUGACAAUGAAAGAAUCCUUGGUCUUGAUACUGCUUCUGUUGAUUCCAACAUGUCCCCUAAACAGGCCCGUGGAAUAUUAGAAAUGGCUCGUAAUGAUGAUUCACUUCCAUCUACAUCUCACAAUAUAGUAGCAGGCGAUUGGGCACAGGUUGAAAUUAUUAACUUGGUCAAUGAUGGCACUGGACUCGGAUUCGGAAUUAUUGGUGCUAGAACUAGUGGUGUCAUAGUAAAAACUAUUCUAGCUGGUGGUGUAGCUGAUCGAGAUGGGCGUCUUAAGUCUGGUGAUCAUAUUUUACAAAUAGGAGAUGCGCACCUGAUGGAGAUGGGGUCGGAGCAGGUGGCGGGCGUGCUGCGCGCGUCGGGCUCGCGCGUGCGGCUCGUGGUGGCGCGGCCCGUCGAGCCCGCCGCGCCGCCGCCGCCCGCGCAGCACCACCACGCGCCCGCGCCCGUCGUGCCCGCCAGAUUGUUAUCGGAUCCCGAAGCUUUGGACCGGUACCUGCUUGAUGCUGGCUUUGAGCAAGUUUUCCACACGCAGCCAACAUCGUUGUCGCACACUACGACCGCUUCGAGAUUUGUUUUUGACAAAUCAAUUACACCACCGCCAGAUUCUGAUGCAGAAUCACCAGAGGUAGACCGGUUUACUGUCCAACUGAAAAAAGACGAGAAUGGCCUUGGUAUUACAAUAGCAGGAUACGUUUGCGAGAAAGAAGAGUUGUCUGGCAUAUUCGUGAAGUCCGUGACACCAGGCAGCGCGGCCGCUCUGAGUGGGAAAGUCCGAGUCAACGACCGCAUUGUGGCUGUCGACGGCGUGUCGCUUGCUGGCAAGUCCAACCAGCGCGCUGUUGAUGCACUCAAGCAGAGUGGGAGCAUUGUCACAUUAGAGUUGGAGAGAUAUCUGCGUGGGCCAAAGUUUGAGCAGCUACAACAGGCGAUUGCUGCGGGCGAGAGCGCGGCGGCAGGCGGCGUGACUACCGUACACAACCCCUUCCUACAUAUGCACCGGCCCGAGCCGCCACUCACGCCCGACCGCGACAUGCAGAUGACGCAGCUGCACAACAAUUUGGACGGUGUAUCCCCGCCGCGCAGUCCGCCGCCGGCCGCGCCAGCCGCGCCCGCCGCCGCCGCCGCGCCGCCACGACCGCACCCGCCCUUCGAGAUGCCGCGCACCAAUGAACAGAAGGAAGCUAUCAAGCGCAAGUGGCAAGCUAUACUUGGCCCGGAAGUGGAGAUCGUGGUCGGCGUAGUGGUACGCGGUGGCGGCGGUCUCGGCAUCUCGCUCGAGGGGACGGUGGAUGUGGAGGGCGGGCGCGAGGUGCGACCCCACCACUACGUUCGUUCCGUGCUGCCGGAGGGACCCGUCGGCCGCGCCGGCGUUCAUCGGCCCGGGGAUGAGCUGCUUGAGGUGAACGGUCACCGGCUGCUGGGCAUGAACCAUCUGGAGGUGGUGUCGAUCCUGAAGGAGCUGUCGAGCGAGGUGUGCAUGGUAUGCGCCCGCCCGCGGCCACCGCCAGCGCUCGACCUCGCGCCGCCCGCCGCCACCCUCGUCAAGGCGAAGUCGGACGGCAGCCUGGCGGGCGCGGGCGCGGAGGAGGGUGGCUCUCUGGCGGCGGCCGGCAAGGUGCGCUCGCGCAGCCUCGAGCCGCUCACCGGCCUCGCCAUGUGGUCCUCUGAGCCGCAGAUCAUUGAAUUGGUGAAGGGCGAGCGUGGCCUCGGAUUUUCGAUCCUGGAUUACCAGGAUCCACUUCGGCCGGCACACACGCUGGUGGUGAUUCGUUCGCUCGUACCCGGCGGCGUUGCACAACAAGAUGGCCGCCUUAUACCCGGUGAUCGACUGUUAUUUGUCAAUGACCAGAAUCUGGAGGACGCGAGUCUAGAGCAAGCGGUGGCGGCGUUGAAGGGUGCUCCACGUGGUGUGGUCCGUAUCGGUGUUGCGAAGCCGUUGCCUCUCGCGGACGCGCCGCCACCACUUCCUGCCACCGCACCUCCUACAACUAUCGCCGACCAUGUACCCGAGUCUUAAUCACUUAAAGUCAUCAGGUAUUUAACGGUUAGUAGCGAAGGUACUGUCACGCCCACAGAAAACGAACACAGAUGACUAAUAUCUCAUUCUAAUUUCAAUUUCUCUUAGUAAAUGUCGUAAAUCAUAUUGUGUUAACAUAUAUUUGUUUUUUAUAUGUGUCACAAAUGUAUAGAAUAAUAUUACACUUAAUCUUUUAUUCCAAAAAUUAUCAAACUUCUUCUGAACUUAUUUUUAGUUAUUAGUGUUUUAGCUUUUGCGCUGAAUUUUCAAUUUAAAAUGAAAAAAAAAAAAACUAAUUGUUAAAAAAGGUAUAUAGUGUAAAUACAUUUUAUCAUGUCAUUACGAAGGUCGUCGUAAUUUGUUUUCAUAAGUAUAAUUUCGAUUUAUUGUCAUAAGAGGCGACGUGUAAUUGUAUUGUUAAGGCCUCAAUUAAUAUGGGUGUGGUAGACUUGAGAUAUUUUUUUUCGUAUUUGUCAUCAAAAAUUACAUGUAUAUAUCAAAGGUAAAUGUAUUGAUGGCGUUGACUGAUUUUACAUAAUCGUAAUAUAUAUUCAAUUAUUAUAAAACAUGAGGCACAUUUUCUUAUAAAUAAAUAUGAUAUACAAUCAGUAAAAACAUACCUACGUACCAUUACUGAUAAUUUUAUGAAAAAUUAGGUCAAAUAAAUAGUUUAUCUAUGAUAGUCGUUAUAUUUAUAGAAUAAAUUUUAAAUUACAUAAAUAUAUUGAAUGAAUUUUUUUAUUCGUUAUUUUAUUAAAGCCAUUAUGAUAACCAAUGAACGACAAUAAUUCCAAUAUGAACAUUCCAUUUAGAUAUGUCACAAAUUUUUAUUAUAAAUACUUUAUACUAAAAAAUGUUUAGUUCAUGUAUUCAAUCCAAUCAAUUUUAAUGUUUAAAACUGUAUUUUCGUUAGUUCUUUAUCUUUUUGCAAAAAAAUAUUGUUUUAGUGUUAUGGAUCACCAAAUUGGCCAGUUUAGAACUAUCUUUAACCCCAGAUGCUAGUGGUGUUAUUGACCUUUCUCUGUGAGUGGAUGUGACAAUAUAUUCUGAACCAAUUUCCAUGUAUUUUUUAGAAAAUUAAUUUCAUUUGGAUCAUAUUAGAGGGCAAUUGGUUUGACUGUUACUAGAUAAUGCAUUGAUAUUUAAUAAUAUUUCAAUAAUAUUUAUGUUUAUCAAUAUAAUUAUUAGAUAUUAUCAGAGUUUCUUGAAUGUUAUUAGGAAACGUGUCAGAUGCGUGUAUUGAUAUGUAUAUAUGAUAGUAUAGGCACACUAAAUCAAUUUCUACAAUUAUGAUAUGUCGAUAAUAUAUAGUAGUAAGCUUAAUUAGUAACAAGCAAAUAAAAAGUUUAGAUAAGUCGGCAGAAAUUUGUUUUUGUCGUAAGAUAAUAUCGAUGUUUUUGGAUUAUCGUUUUCCAACAUAAUUUUAACUAAAACUGUAA